GAAAAACAAGAAACCAAAAGCUAGAGAGAGAGGAGGAAGAUCAUUCUUUUCCUCCAAUAACCUCCUCUCUACUUUUACGGGGAGAAAAAAAAAAAAAAAAAAAAAAAAACUAGUCGGGAAUCAACGAAACAAGAAUAUCGAAACUGAUGAAAGUUAGACUUGCCAAAAAACACGUUUUCCGAUUAACAAAAAGAAUCACAAUUAAGCAAAAUCGUGAGGAGGGGGAAGUGGUUUCCGGUUAAGAUCUCUGAUUUUCCGGUUAACCCCAUCGAAUCGAAUCAAAAACUCUCGAAAGUGUUCAUCUUUACGAGCGAAACGAUGCAGCCUAAUCUCUUCACAACGAUGCGAAGUCUGAAGCUUAUCGAAGGAUGCAAAGCCACGCAGGUCUACGCUCUCAACAACAACCCUUCUUCCUCUCCUCCUCCGUCCACCGGCCUCCGUGAAAAGGUAUUACAGCAUCUCCAAGACCACCUUCGCGUAAACUCAAUCCGAUCCAAAUCCUCCCGUACUCACCAAAACGCCGCCGUUUCGUUAGACUCUCUCCUCCCUCACGGCCUCCCCGUCUCCGAUCUCCUCGAGCCUCACAUCGAUCCUUCCCUCAAAUUCGUCGAUUCGAUCGAGAAGCUCGCUGGAGUCCACCGUCGGAUAGAGAACUCCUCGCAGCUCGAAAAGUCCGAAGCUUUCUUAGAGCAAUGCGCGAUCUUCCGAGGCUUAACCGAUCCGAAGCUUUUCCGGCGGAGUCUCCGGUCAGCUCGGCAGCACGCCGUCAACGUCCACGCAAAAGUGGUUUUAUCCUCUUGGCUUAGGUACGAGAGGAGGGAAGAUGAGCUUAUUGGCACCACCUCGAUGGAUUGCUGCGGAAGAAAUCUCGAAUGCCCUAAUGCGUCUCUCGUCUCCGGGUACCACCCGGAGUCCGUUUACGAUCGUUGCCUCUGUUCGAGAGUUGAAACCAACGGUGGAGAUUGUGUUUCGGAAUGUUCGACGUCUGAGGUGGAUUACGAUAUAUCCUUUUGCAUAGGUGAUGAGGAGGUUCGUUGCGUGAGGUACAAGAUUGCUUCCUUGUCUAGACCCUUUAAGGCGAUGCUGUACGGUGGGUUUAGAGAGAUGAGACUAAGCGCGAUUAACUUCACAAAUAACGGAGUCUCAGCGGAAGGGAUGAGAGCUGCUGAGGCUUUCAGUAGAGUUGGUAAAGUUGAGAUGUUUCCUAUUAAUAUAGUCUUGGAGCUUCUCACGUUGGCGAAUAGGUUCUGCUGCGACGAGUUGAAAGCAGCUUGCGAUUCGUAUUUGUCACGUCUUGUUAAGGACCUUGAUGGUGCGUUGUCGUUGAUUGAGUAUGGAUUGGAGGAGGCUGCGUACCUUCUGGUGGCGGCUUGUGUUCAGGUGUUCCUCAGAGAGUUGCCUAGCUUGAUGCGUAACCCUAACGUUGUGAAGAUUUUUUGCAGCGUUGAGGGACGUGAGAGGCUGGGUUUGGUUGGGCACGGUUCGUUUGUGUUGUAUCUUUUCUUGAGCCAGAUCGCUAUGGAGGAUGAUAUGAAAUCGAACACAACGGUAAUGUUGUUAGAAUGUUUAGUUGAGUAUGCGGUUGAGGCGUGGCAGAAGCAGCUCGCUUGUCACCAGUUAGGUGCUGUGAUGCUCGAGAGGAAAGAGUAUAAAGACGCGGAGAGAUGGUUUAGCUCCGCGGUCGAGGCCGGUCAUGUCUACUCUCUCGUUGGUGUAGCGAGAUCUAAGUUUAAGCGCGGACAUCGCUACUCGGCUUAUAAGAUCAUGAACUCGCUGAUCUCGGAUUGUUCAGCUGCUACUGGAUGGAUGCACCAGGAGAGGUCCUUGUACUGCAGCGGUAAAGAGAAGCUGCUGGAUUUGGACAUGGCCACUGAUUUGGAUCCAACAUUGACUUUCCCUUACAAAUUCAGGGCAGUGUCAUUGGCCGAGGAGAGUCAGUUCGGUGCUGCGGUCGCGGAGCUGAACAAGAUCAUGGGGUUUAAGGUCUCUCCUGACUGCUUGGAGAUGCGAGCGUGGAUUUCUAUAGCUAUGGAGGACUAUGAGGGUGCUUUGAAAGAUAUAAGAGCGCUUUUGACGUUGGAGCCGAACUUCUUGAUGUUUAACAAGAAGAUUCAUGGUGAUCAUAUGGUGGAGCUUCUCCGCCCGCUGGUACAGCAAUGGAACCAGGCUGAUUGCUGGAUGCAGCUAUAUGAUCGUUGGUCAUCUGUUGAUGAUAUUGGUUCUCUAGCUGUUGUUCAUCAUAUGUUGGCUAAUGAUCCGGGGAAGAGUCUUCUGCGUUUCAGACAGUCUCUUCUUCUCUUAAGGUUAAAUUGUCAAAAGGCAGCAAUGCGUAGCCUUAGGCUAGCUCGAAACCAUUCAAAGUCAGAGCACGAGCGACUCGUGUAUGAAGGAUGGAUACUGUAUGACACAGGACACCGUGAAGAAGCACUUGCCAAGGCCGAGGAAUCUAUUUCCAUACAAAGAUCCUUCGAAGCAUAUUUCCUCAAAGCUUAUGCUCUUGCAGACUCCGCGCUCGACCCUGAGUCCUCAAAGUACGUGAUCCAGCUCCUUGAAGAAGCACUUCGUUGUCCAUCAGAUGGUCUUCGUAAGGGCCAAGCUUUGAACAACUUGGGAAGUGUGUAUGUGGACUGUGAUAAGCUGGAUCUUGCAGCUGAUUGCUACACUAACGCGCUAAACAUCAAGCACACACGUGCUCACCAAGGGCUAGCUCGUGUUUACCAUCUGAAACACCAAAGGAAAUGGGCGUACGAUGAGAUGACGAAGCUGAUAGAGAAAGCUCGGAACAAUGCAUCUGCCUUUGAGAAGCGGUCAGAGUAUUGUGACCGAGAGAUGGCACAGAGCGACCUAGGGAUGGCCACACUGCUAGAUCCUCUGAGAACUUACCCGUACAGAUACAGAGCCGCAGUUCUAAUGGAUGACCAUAAAGAAACCGAAGCCAUUGAGGAGCUGUCGAGAGCCUUAGCCUUUAAACCUGACCUUCAACUGUUACAUCUACGGGCAGCAUUCUGUGAUUCAAUGGGUAAAUCCGCAGAGGCUAUCAGAGACUGUGAAGCUGCUCUGAGUCUUGAUCCCAACCACACAGAUACCAUCGACCUCUAUAACAAAACACGCGAACCACAACCAUAGACAAACUAAUGUGCAAUCUUAUUUAUCUCCUGAACUACGGCAAGAGCUUCUUCCCUCUGAAACAACAGAUGCACUAUGCUUAUAAAGCCGUUUCAUACCCAUUCUGAACACUCCAAUGGAAAACUAAAGCUUGGUUCUUUUGUAAUCAAGAAGUUUUGAUAGAAGGGAACUAUAUACUGGGAACAAACCAAAGGAGCAGUGACAUAGAUUGUAAAUAUAAACUUUAUAUUUUUGUGGUUUUGUGAUUGAUUCUGGUUUGUUGACCGGAUAAGAUAUAUAUAUAUAUAUAUAUAUAUAUAGUGCAUAGUGUUUUCUGGACAAAGGGAGAAAUGAAAAAGAAAAAUUAUUGUUGUCUUGUUCUU